CUCACCACCGUCGCCGUCGACGAUUUGUCAGUCGUUGCAUCUGUACGACGUGAUGUUUACGCGCCGCGUACAUUUUUCGCGCAACAGCGAGCCACCGGCAGCCUCGCGCCACUCGUUCCCGGCAGAUUCCCGGCGUAUUUCUCGCGUCUCGCACGAGCGUUAUUACGGUCAAUCGAUGGAUUUUAUAACAAUCAUGGCGGCCAUGCCGGUCUCGGCACUGUUUGCGCGACGGUCCUCCGUCGGCGAUUGUGUCUAUGAGACGCGGUCCCGUCGCGUCUAACGCACGGAUAGUUUACCUCGAUUCCCCGACCAUUGGAACGCCCCGAUUGUACGACUCUGACGUUACGUCAGUAUCAUUUAAUUAUGACUAAAAGUUUGAAGUAAACGUUAGAGCUUCAUAUGUUUGCAGUAGGGCAGUCGAGUACCAGAGUCAUUUGUGUAACUUGACUGCUGCUCAGCUUGUGUCAUUACUCAGUUGGACAAAUAUAUGAAUGUAUAUAACGACGUCACAAUGGAGGAAAUGCACCAAGUAGCACAGGUUGGGCCUAACAUGAUGGCUGGUGUGGGUGGUGUUCCUAAUCAUUCAAAUAAUGUCAAUCGUCGCAACAGAAUGCGAGUAUCCAUACAUGCCAUGAUGUUGGAGAAGUUACCUUUACACGAGGCAGCACGCAUGGAAAUGAAGGCGAUACCCAGCAAAACACCAGUCUCUGUUCUUCAAGAAUUACUUUCUCGUAGAGGCACCAUACCAAAAUACGAAUUGGUACAAAUUGAGGGCGCUAUUCACGAACCUACAUUUCGGUAUAGAGUCACUGUUGCUGAUGUUGUUGAUCCAAUUGUUUCAGCAAUGGGGACCGGCAGGUCUAAAAAGGAGGCAAAACAUGCUGCUGCAAAAGCUGUGCUGGAUAAAUUAAUCGGAGUAAAUACCGAAUCUUCAGAAUCUCCGAUCCCAAAUAAUUUACCUGAUUCACAAAAUUUACAAGAACUACAAACAUACGGAGAGGAAAAAGUAAUGAACAACCCAAUCGGAGCUUUACAAGAAAUGUGUAUGUCUCGUCAUUGGCCACCACCAAAAUAUACAAUGGAAGGUGAAGAAGGUUUACCACAUGAAAGGCAAUUCACUAUUGUUUGUUCAAUAUUAAAGUAUCGCGAGGUCGGUCAAGGAAAAAGCAAAAAAGUCGCCAAGAGGCAUGCUGCUCAUAAGAUGUGGCAAGCGUUACACGAUAUGAAUAAUGAAGCACCUAAUGUGGACGAGGAUGAGAUUGUGCAAAGAAAUGCAAACGUGAGCGCCCGUUAUGCCGAUCUGAAAGGUAGCAAAAUCUCGACACUGACCACAGUUCAUAGUAUCCAAGUCUCGAAAUUUCACAAGAGUCUCAAGUCGUCCACAGGUGUUAAACUUUUUCAACUGCAGAACACUUGUUUCAAUGAUGGUGAUGUAAAUUUGGUACAAUUCUUACAAGAAAUCGCGUCGGAACAGCAGUUUGAAGUAACAUAUGUUGAUAUCGAAGAAAAAUCUAUCAGCGGUAAAUUCCAGUGCCUUGUGCAACUGUCUACCCUGCCAGUAGCAGUUUGCUAUGGUUGCGGUGCGACUAGUAAAGAUGCUCAAGCCAGUGCUGCUCAAAAUGCUCUGGAAUAUCUCAAAAUCAUGACCAAGAAGUGAGCCAGCGCUUCGCUCCUGCCAGCUGUCACUAUCAACUGCAAG